UUUGUAGAUGAAGGUGAAGAAGAAGAUUAAAAAAUGUCAAUCAAAUUAAACCAUUCAGGUUUUCAAAAUAAUAGAGAAACAACAAACAAUGAAGUUAUACUUCUAGACAAUCGAACAUUCGAUAAGUGAUGAAGCAUGAAUUUUUCAUGCGAUAUUAACAUGUUUUGUUGUUUGGCGCCGAAAGGUGAAAUUUCAGUGCUAUGUUGGUGUUUUGUUACUUAAUAACUGUAUCAUGGUUUGUUCUCCAUAUGAAAUGAGUGACUUCAUGAAAAGGGCAGAAAUGUGACGCAAAGCUAUCAAAUUCGGAAUUGCAAUACAACAAUAGGAUCCCGAAUAAGUUUGGAGUGUACCCGGGCCCAUAUCACAAAAUGACUUUUUGUGGCGUCACAAUCGACGUGAGGGAAAACACAUUUUCAACGUGUAAUCUCGAGGACACUCGAAAAUUAGUCGAGGAUCGUUUUUUGGCACUGCGAUUCCGAAUUUAAUAGCGUUAUGUCAUAUUUCUACCCUUUUCGUGAAGUAGAUGAAACUAUGUUUUUCAUUCUCAACUACCAGUAUGUUUAAUCUGAAUGAAAAAUCAUGGAAAAAAGUCGACGUUUUUCGGGUAAAAGGAAGACUUUGUGGGACUGACUUUUUAAAAAGCCAAUCCCGGUUGCGCAUACCUCUAAUUGAGAAACAGACUGGGAUGAAAAGACUUUCGUCUCGGACAACUCCAUUUCCCGGUCACUGAAAUAAGAUAUAAUCCUUUUUAUAAUAAUUUGUUUGUUUCUUUGUCUUUACAGAAAAAUUUUACAAAAAACAUUUAACUAUAAAAAUGUUGUUUUAUUAAGAAAACUUACAGUUUAUUCAAAAAGUCGAGUCCUUUUCGAGAGUUUGUACUCGAUGAUCUGUAGCUAUUAUUCUACCUCAAACGUUUCUCUUCGGAGAUGUCAACUUUUUGUUUAAUCAAUUCAGGCUUCUAUCUUUGAUGGCUUUUACACUUUCUGAAGAUAUUAAAACAAAAUAUUUUUAUGUUAAUCAUCUUAGGAGAGUCAUCGUAUAUCGACAGAUUUGUAUGCAUUCUCCAUAAACAAAAAUGAAUUGAAAGUUAUACAAACACUACCAUUAGUUCAAUCAAAACAACGUAUUGAUAUAAUUCAAUAUUUAUAUGACUGUCAUGUUAUUCAUAGUGAUUUACGUCCACAAAAUUUGAUGACCAGUAGCAAUCUUCAACAAUUAAAACUAAUCGACUUUGGUUUUGCUACUUCAUACGAAAUUAAUGAAAUAACAAAAGAAUUCCCAGUAGCAGGUACAAUUAUAUAUGCUGGACAUGAAUUUUUAACUUUUUAUUCUAAUCUAUCAUUGAAUUCAUUAUGUUCACCAUUUUAUCAUUAUGAGCGAACUUUUGAUUUAAAAUGUGCAUUAAAUAUCAUAAUGUAUAUGAAUGAUGAUGUUGUUUAA